CAUUAUACAGCUGUUGAAGGUUGGUUGAGCUGGAAAAAUAAAUAAUAAAAAUGAGGGCUAUAGUUUGUGUAUUUGUCGCGCUUUUGGCCUGCGCGGUGGCCUACGAUGUGGAGCUUCUAAGCGAGGCUGAAUGGAAUCGUUUGGUGGAGCGAAAUCCUGUGAAGCCGGAUGCGCAGGGCUUGAUUCUAAAUUCGCAGGCUAAGAAGGCCAUGAAGAAUAUGAUGGCUCAAAUGCCUUGCGGCUGGCCCGAAUAUGGCAUACCGCCAUUGGCGCCCUACACAAAUGCUGAGUUUGAAAUCAAUUUGGCAAAAUCUGUGGUCGACUCUCUGCUGCAAUUUCUGCGUUUCCGUCUGGAUGGUUUGGACGAAAUGGAGAUCAAGAAGAUGAAAGUCAGCUACACUUUCAGCAAAAAGGUGCAGUUCCAUUUCAAUUUCAAGGAGCUAAAGGCCACCUCUCAUGUGCUGAACACCGACACCUUCGUCGAUCUGAUGCGCGAAUUGGGUUUGAGCGUGCGCUAUGAGGGCACUGGACCGCUGGCCUUCACCCUGGAGAAUCUGUCCAUUCAGGGACAGUUCAAGUAUAAGAUGCCAUUCAUUUUCGGUUCCAUCAAAAUCUAUAAAUUCGAAUGUGUGGUGGCCUUGGGCGGCGUCAAGUCCAGCAUUGGUGGCAUCUUGGGUAAUGGCAGCAUCAAUGAGAUGAUUAACGAUAUGAUUGAGUAUGAAGUGCCUGCCUUCAUAAAUGGACGCCAGAAGGAAAUAAGCGAGAAGAUUGAGUCUAUUUUUGUACCCCUUGUCAAUGAAAAGUUGAAGGGUCAUAAGGUCUGGUACUUGUUCAGUUUGCUGGCCAAUUCGUCCAGAACCUGUAAGCCCACCCCAGCGCCUUGGCUAGCUGUGGAGCAUCAUUAAAAGAAAGAGUGUCAAUAAUAAAAAUAAUCCUAUUUUUCGCUUUAA